AACCACCGUUCGAGAGUCCCAUCUUCAAGCGACAAAAAAAAGGAGAGAGAAAAACUCGAGAGUCCACCGUUCGUUGCCGCUUGCCGACAGCGUAGCGUCCACCUUCCGCCUCCACUCCGCUGCGUAAAAUCCGGCCGUCUCGAUGGCUCUCCGGCGCAUCGCCGGCGCGUCCACGUCGUCCUCCUUCUUCAAGUCCUUCACCACUGUUCUCCCACAGGCAGCAGAGCCCGCGCCCGCCUCCCCGUCCUACCUCGCCCACCACCUGCUCGACGAAUUCUCCCGCCCGCGCGCCUCCCGCGACGGGGAGCGCCUCCGCCGCCUCGCGGCCCACCUCACCGCUCCCGCCGUGGAAUCCGUCAUCGCGCGGCUCCCGUCCUGGCGCCACGCGCUCGACUUCUUCCGCUGGGCCGACGAGCAGCCGGGCUUCCGCCACUCCUGCUACUCGUUCAACGCCAUGGCCUCGCUCCUGCGGCGCCGCCAGCCCGCCCACCUCGACCGCCUUGCCGCCGACGCGCUCGCCGCGGGCUGCCCCAUGACGCCCGGCGCGCUGGGGUUCCUCCUCCGCUGCCUCGGCGACGCCGGGCUUCCUGACACCGCCGCUCGCGUCUUUGACAGCGCGAGGGCGCGCCUUAGCUGCACUCCCAACUCGUACACCUUCAACUGCCUUCUUGACGCGCUGGCUAAGGCCGGCCGCGCGGACGACGCGGAGGCAAGGCUCCAGGAGAUGCUGGUGAAAUGCGGGGAUGGAAGUGUCGACAAGUACACCCUCACCUCGCUCCUGCAGUGCUACUCCAAUGCAGGCCGUCCAGAUGACGCCAAUGACGUGUUCCAAAGGAUGAGCCAGCAUGGGUGGGUGGACGAGCAUGUGCUGACGAUGCUGGCGGUGGCGUUCAGCAAAUGGGGGAAGGUGGACGGGGCGGUUGAGCUCGUGGGGAGGAUGGAAGUGUUGGGGAUGAGGCCGAGUGAGAAGACACUUAGCGUGCUAGUCCAUGGGUUUGCAAAACAGCGCAGGAUCGACAAAGCCAUUGAGAUGUUUGACAAGAUGGCCACUUAUGGUUAUGUUGCUGAUUUGCCAAUGUACGGCGUGUUAAUUGAGGGUCUCUGCAGGCAGAAGAAAAUAGGAAAGGCGGUGAAAAUAUUUGAGGUAAUGAAGAGCAGCGAGGUUGUUCCUGAUGUCCGCUUACUCAAGAAUAUGAUUGAGGCUUUCAUUCAUGAAGGAGAUUUUGCCAUUGUUGGCCCGUUUAUCAAUGAAAAUGCUGGGAAGUUAAAACCUAGUGAUGUUACUGCACUGUACAAUGUGGUUCUACAAGGGCUUGUUAACCACGGGCAGGUAGAAGUAGCUUAUCAGUUGCUCACCUCAAGGGUACGUGGUGUUCAGGGGAUUAGUGAUGGUUUGACUGUUGGUGCACAUGUGUUCGAUACCAUGCAGGAUGUGAAGCCAAACUCUGAUUCCUUCAACAUUGUUGUGUGCGGCCUUUGUAAGGUUAAGAAGCUGGAUGAUGCCUUAGCUCUCGUAAAGGAUAUGGUUGGCUUUGGCAGCAAGGGAAAGCUAUUGAUGUUUAAUGAUUUGAUCUAUGAGUUGUGCAAUGCAGAUAGGUUAGAUGAAGGAUACAAAUUGUUUAACCAAAUGAAGGAUCUUGGUGUGAUUCCCACGGAGUUCACAUAUAAUUCAUUAUUUUAUGGCAUUUGCAGGAGAAAAGAUCCAAAUGGUGCUUCUGAUUUACUGAGGGAGAUGUGCACCAAUGGACAUAGACCAUGGAUAAAGAAUUGCACAGAAAUGGUGCAACAGCUUUGCUUUAGUGGCAGGAUAACAGAAGCUCUUGGCUUUCUAGAAGAAAUGCUCAAAAUGGGUUUUCUUCCUGAUAUCGUGACAUACUCCGCAGCCAUGAAUGGACUGUGUAAAACCGGUGAGGUGGACAAUGCGUUAGGACUCUUCCGUGACAUUUCUGCCAAAUCUUAUCUUCCUGAUGUGGUAGCACAUAAUAUCUUGAUAAAUGGGUUCCGUCUAUCAGGUAAAUUAAAUGAGGCGCAAGAAAUUAUGGAAGAGAUGUUGGAGAAGGGUCUGUUUCCGUCUGUUGUUACCUACAACCUUAUGAUCGAUGUUUGGUGCAAGUCUGGCAAUAUUGAAAAAGCGGUUGAUUGCUUAAAUAAAAUGGUUGAUGAAGAAAAGUCGCCAACAGUAGUUACAUAUACAAGCUUGAUAGAUGGACUCUGCGGUGCUGGAAGACCUGACGAAGCCAUUGUUUUGUGGCACAAAAUGAGUGAUAAAAGUUGUGCUCCAAAUAAGAUAGCUUAUACUGCUUUUGUAAAUGGAUUGUGCAAGUGUGGUCGAGUAGAGACUGCUCUGACCUACUAUGAGGAGAUGAUGACGAAAGGUUUUGUGUUAGAUACCUUUUCCUGCUUAUAUUUUAUAAAUGCUUUGAUAUCAAAUGGGAAUACAACUAAAGGAUGUGAACUUCUGAAAGAGGUUCUUCAAAGGGACAUGACACAGGGUGAUGAUUUGAAAAUGGUAGGAUUGAUAAAUAAAGCAGUUGAAGUGUUGUCUAAAGAUGGAAGAACUUCUCCAGAGAUAAGUAUACUUGUAGAGAAAGGUUUAAUUUCAAGGGCUCAAACUAUGGGCAAGAAAGAUGGAAACUGACAUUUGUUGCUGGCAUGAGUUUUGGAUGAUUUCCUCAAGUCCUUGUCUCUAACCAGGAAGCCCUUUCCUGCUGCUAGCAGAUUGUUCCUACUGUGUGCAACUACUUUCUCAAGGUCCUGUAUGUUAAUUGUUGGCAGCUUGGGGCUUAAGAUCAAUGGAACUAAAUUUGUGGAGUUCUCAAUAGGUGUUCCUCAUGGUUGCUUCUGAAUUGGAUGAACACCUUCUGGUUUAAAUAUCCUUUAUAGGCCCCAGUCGUAUCCAAGACUUCAAGUGUUGAUUCAAAUACCGUAUGUAAUUGUAGAACUAAAUGUGAUAUGGUGUAUGUGAAGGCUGCCGAAUUUGCUAAGAGAAAUAUGGAAGAAGAAGGCUUUAUGAUGGAAGUCUCUCACAUUGGGAGGGGAGGAGAUUAAAAAAUGCCGAGUCUAUGGUGUUGAAUGAUAUUCCUGAUAAGGUGAGUUGGGCUCAUGCUAAGAACAAGCUGUUUUUAACCAAAUCUGUUUAUAAGUGGUUGGAGAAUGGGCUUGCUGGGGCUAAUAAUCAAUGGAUUGGGAGAGCGCACAUCCCAGUAAUGAUUAAGGUCUUUGUGUGUCAGUUAUUUCAGAACUCUAUUCUGACACGUGAUAAUUUGCGCAAGAGAAACUGCCUGGAAAUCCUUUGUUCUUUUUGUGGUGAUGUUACAACGGCCAAGCACUUGUUUUUCUCAUGUAGUGUGUGGCUAAGUCGGCCUGGGGAACUAUUCGCAGGAUUCCGGGCACCUCUUAUUGUCCUAGGAAUUUGUGGCAAAGUUUGACAUGGCUGUAUGCUUUCUUGCCGGGCAGGUCCAAAUUCUAUGUGAUGUGUAUUGCAGCUGUUUGCUGGGGAAUAUGGAGUGUCGGCAAUAAGGUCACCCUUGAGAAGCAUAAGAUGCAAUCCCCUGUGGAAGUUGUGUUUACAAUCUGUGCACUUCUCUUAUACUGGGCAGGUUUGCUCAAAAGUGAGGAGCAAGGCGUCUUCAGGGCCCGAGUCGAGACACUGAUACUCUGAUAAAUGAGGCUACCACUCUUGCGUCUCUCAUGAGUUCGGCUUCUUCAGGGGGCGAAAACAUCUUGUAUUCCUGGAGCUUGCGUCCGGAGGGAUCUGGAGGCCGAGUGCUUGGAGUAAUGCGAAGCUGGGGUCUCCUGUAGUCGUUUAUUUAAGUGGCUGUAGAAUUGCACCUGUGUUUUGUGUCUUUUGGAUUGCUCCUGCAAUGUUGGCAGUAGAUGCAUGUCUGUUACUCCCUCCGUUCCAAAUUACUCGUCGUGGUUUUAGUUCAAAACCACGACGAGUAAUUUGGAACGGAGGGAGUAGAACUUAUGCUGGUUUGGUGGUAGCAGGUUUUUGCCCGGUGGUGGGUGGUUCGAUGGCGAACUAUCUACAGCGGGUUUCCUGCUAUCUGCCCAGACUGGUAAUGGCUUAGUAAUAAGCUUUCGAUAGAGAGAAUUCCUUAUUGAGAGAACUCUUGAUCUUUCAAUGCGUCUCUCCGUCAGAACUGAUCGGCAAGGCACAAUAUGCCGUUUAUUACUCUCCACCAAAAGCUUCUCACUUUGGGAUUGGGAGGAACAUCCAUGGCCCGAAGUUUCUUCCAGUGAUUACUGUUACCUGAGUGGUUGCCCUCCAUACACUUGGCCCUGAUUCAGAUUGGGUGGUUGGCAGUAACGCUAUGUCAUUGUCUCCUCCCAUUUAUACGUGACGACGUCUUCCCUUAUCUUAGUCUUGCCUGCUCGCCGGCAGGGUUGAAGGCUUGAAGCUCCUCGGUCCUGAGCGAGAGGGCAGGGGGUCAUCUCCGGCGGUAGCCUGGUUGUGUUGGUGCCACGAAGGCCGGUGGUUUCUUCCAGGUGACAUGCGUUCUUGUGCCAUUGGCGGCCUUAGGUUGUGUCUCGUGGUGGUCCGGCCUCCCCUAUGAUUUUUCUCGGCGGCUUUCUGACAUCAUCUAGUUGUGUACUCAUGGUACUUAUUAGCGGUGUUUGGUGUGUUUUGUCGUGCUUUUGUUUGAUCAACUUGCGAAAAAAAAAACUUGUAUGAAGAUUUCCUCAACAACUUGUCAUUCGGCCAUGUGGCUAUAUUUAUUUAUAAAGUAGGGUGAAAGCAUGCUUCAAGAGACUCCUUGGCGAGGAUAUCUUGAAGAAAAGCCCAAACGUUUAACAGGCCGCGAGUACUCCACUGCUGUGCGCCAGGGCCGCCAAAGCUGAGCCGGAUGUCGGCAUGAGUGAACUCUGGCAAGAAGAUGAUGGCAGGAGGCGGACCCAAGGCUUCGUCGACCUGGCCCUCAUAGGCUACAGGGACACUCAUGACACCACCAUCAGCAAGAAUGGGACACCAGGUCAGUACCCUCUAGGGUCUAUGUCCCCCAACUUCUGUAACCGGGAUUUGUUCUGCAGCUUCAGUGUACAAUUGUUACUAUAAUUUGUUCAUGUAUAUUAUGUUUGGUAUCUUAUUUUAAUGGGAUGCUAAUCAGAUUGUGUUUGGAAGAAGAGAAUAAUAGGAUAUGUUUUGCUAUGAUACCAGACUUUGUUUGAAGCUAUUAUAGUACUCUAAAAAAGUUUGAAUGCAAAUAGUAGGUGACUUUGUGAUCUACCUAUGUACACGUGCUAUGAUCAGACUGAAGUUUAGUGUUAAUCUGCUACAGUAGUGGAGCGAAACAGAUUUCCUUAAUUUUGUGUAGAUACUUAAUUUAGACUCCUUUGGCAAAAAAAAAGUAGUCUUGAUCCAUCCAAGUUGUUAUGCACCCAAAUGAUUUACCGGAACUAUUGUUGUAGUCUCCAUUAUGAAAGUGUUGGAGAUAAGUUACAAGUAAUCUAAAGAGUAGUUUACUGAAUGUGCCGAAUAAGGUGUCAACAAAGUUCUGGUUUUCAUUUCAGUUUUCAACCAUUUUUGUUUUACCGGGAUGUUAAUCUGCUAGUUGCGUGAAAAAGAAUGUUAGAGCUUGAAGUUGACGUAGAGUAGCCAUGGUACUUUGGCGUUUUAUUUUGCAGCCGACGGUGGUACCAUGUCUACCAUCGCCCUCCGAGGAACUAAGACAACCAGCAACGCGUUCCUGGUAAGAUCCUUAGUUCCCAGUGCAUGAAAGAUAUGGCGGGGUGGCGGUUCGCCAUUCAUAUGGGAGCAAACUACUGAUCGGAGAGACUGGGCGCAGGAGCUGAGGGCAUCUUCAACACCGACACACAAACCUCCUGCAUGCAUGCGUCCGGAUCAGGUUGUUCAAAGCGCGGAAGUCAUUUAAUGCGGUCUUGUGUCGGUCCGCGGUGCGGUUCGGAUGUGUUUUCUACCGUAAAUUGAAGACAAACGUGUGGGGGAGGGGGGUUUGCAGGAGUCUGAACCGUUCUCAAGCCCUCUUCUAACCGCCCUGGCCCACCCAAAACCCCUUCCCCCUCCCGCGCGUUUUUGGUCAGUGCUACUCUAGAGCAUCAGCAUCCGCUCCGGGAGGGGAAAAUCGAAGCCAUCGUCAUCACCAACAACUCUCUCAUCAUGGGAGGGCCAAUCUUCAUCAACAUCUUUAACAACACCAUUUCAUCUCAAACGCUAGUUCAUCUCUUGUAUUCAAUCUUUGUAUCAAAACCUCAGAUUGGUACAUGUGGGUUGCUAGUAGUGUUGAUUACAUCUUGUAGUUGAUGCUAAUUGG